AUGCGUAAAUUGAAAGUGCAAUACCAGCCUGCUUUGCUGGCGGGCUCCACCUUCGUUCAAAUAGCAAAACUAUUUUAUAAAUUCAUUCUUACUUUUUUUUCUAUUUCUUCACCUAUCAAGUCACUGGCAUCCAACUCUUCAUCAAUCAGAGUUGGGGAAAUGGAUCUUUCUGACUUUGAAGAUCUCCCCAGUGGGCCCACGGCUUCUAAGGUUUCCGUUUCAGAUAGUGGCAUAAUCAACGAAGUCGAGCAAACAACGUCUAAAUCGAUGGCAACCAACGAAUCAGAUAAACGAUGGGAAGAAGCUCUAAAUCAGAUGGUGAGAAUUUUUUUUUUCUCCACUUCCAUUUUUCUAACCUAUGAGUUUCUGUUUUCUUGA